AUGUCAUUUAUCUACUUGACCGAGUCUCAAGUUGGCCAUCCACAACCGCCCGUCAAGGAGUUACCUACAGCUGCCCCGGCGCUGGCCAGAAGACCAAGCUCCACGCAAGAAUCGAUUUCCACCAGCCAACAGUCUUCACGAGGUGACGAGAUGGAUAGAAUCAAUAGACUGUUUGAAAUUCUUUCCGCAAGAUCCGAUAUCGACCACCCGGUUUGCGUCGAAUGUACAGAUUUGCUAGUUGAUGGAUUGCAAAGAAAGCUAGAGGUUGCAUCUAAGGAGCGUGAUGCAUAUGUACGGCACCUUAGACAAGUAAAGACUGAACGCCCUAGUACAGAUGAGAUGAAGGCUCGCCAGGAGCGGCUCCAAAAGGCCGAGAAGGAUAGAGUCGCUGCCAUGGACGAGUUACGACGGCUGGAGAAGGAAAAGGAUGUUCUCGACGAGGAGAUAUUAGCCCUUGAAGAAGAAUCCCGCCAGCUAGAUAAAGAAGAGGAGAUUUUUUGGAGGGGGCGGAAUGCCUUCGCUGCGAAAAUGUCCGAUUUCCAGUCAGAACGAGACAGCAUUAACGCCAAAUACAGUCAUGACUCCCAGCUGCUCGAAAAGCUUCAGCGAUCAAACGUCUAUAACGACACGUUUUGCAUCAGCCACGAUGGAAGUUUUGCCACCAUAAACGGGCUUAGACUUGGAAGGCUGUCUAAUAAGCCCGUGGACUGGCCAGAGAUCAACGCAGCCUGGGGUCACGCCCUGCUACUACUUGUUACUGUGGCUGAAAAGCUUGACUACAGAUUCCACGGUUACGAUCCGCAACCGAUGGGGAGCACGUCCAAGAUCAUUCGAUACGACGUUCCCAGCCCAUCUUCGAGUCGCCUUGGCUCGAGAGCCAUGCAAGCACCCCCAAAGAAGCAUGUCUUAGAGCUAUACAGCUCCGGAGACAUGCCAUUAGGUCUAACAUUCAUGCACCGCAAAUUUGAUAAUGCCAUGGUUGCAUUUCUCGAGUUGGUGAGGCAAUUGGGUGCACACGUACAACGGCAGACUCAGCAGUCACUAAAUGCACUUUCUCUUCCAUACAAAAUCGAGGGUGAUAAGAUUGGAGAAGUGAGCAUCAAGCUAGGAAUUGCGCAAGACGAUGGUUGGACAAAGGCUUGCAAGCUUACUCUCACCUGCUGCAAGUUUCUUCUCGCGCACGCCAGCAAUAUUGCGUCAACUGCUAGAAGCACAGCCUCAUGA